GAGGACGAGGACGAGGAGGCGACGAGAAACGCGAGAGCGAGCGCGAGAGAGUGGGAGAGUCGGAGAGCGAGGGGAGCGGGACGGGCAGGAGAGGGAAGGGGAGGGAAUGUGAAAAGAGGCCGACGAGGACACGAAGGGAGGAAAAUGGGGGAAACGAGGGAUGUGGGCAAAGAGUAGGACGAGCGAAACGUGUCGUGUGUGCUGGGACAUCUUUUCGAGCAUCCUCCAAUAAGCUCGGCCUGGUGCAGAGAACAGCUUUCGGCUCGGCUCUGCUCUGCUCUGCCCGCCCUCUGAGUGUGUGUGUGUGUGUCUCUGUGUGUGAGUGUAUGUGUGUAUGUGCUUUUGCAAGUGCUUCCCUCUUUCUCGUCCUCUGGUGUGGCAGCGCAGCGGCAGUGGUAGAAGCCAGCUGCCCGCUCCCGAUGAAGCUCUCGAUGUCGUCCGGGUGUGAGAUGAGGGACUCGUGAUUUCGGUGGCCCACAGAAGAGGCGAAGACGAGGAGACAGGGAAAGGGUAGGAGGUUUCGUCGGCUGGAGCCGAGUGAUCCAUCGGCUGAUUGCGGGAUUGAUUCGGUGCUGGAUUUUGGGUGGAGUGACAGUCAGCAGCCAUGCAGCCUCAAGGCGAGGUGAUGAGUAGCACAGAGGAGCAGGAGAAAUGGCUCGCGGAUGCAAUGGCUCUCGUCCAGCAUCACGCGUUCUUCAUGCAUCGAGCUCUGGAUGCGAAUAACCUGCGAGAUGCGUUGAAGUUUUCUGCCCAAAUGCUCUCAGAGCUUAGAACUUCCAAGUUGUCUCCUCAAAAAUACUAUGAGCUCUAUAUGAGAACCUUCGAUGAACUGCGAAUGUUGGAGGUUUUUUUUAAAGAGGAAAGUAAGCGGGGUCGGACCAAUGCCGAUCUGUAUGAAUUGGUGCAACACGCAGGCAACAUUUUGCCGAGAUUAUAUCUACUUUGUACAGUUGGCUCCGUCUAUAUCAAGUCAAAGGAGGCACCAGCGAAGGAUGUGUUGAAGGACUUGGUUGAAAUGAGUCGUGGUGUUCAACAUCCCAUUCGAGGGCUGUUCUUGCGAAGCUAUCUUUCUCAAAUCAGCCGAGACAAACUUCCAGACGUUGGUUCUGAGUACGAAGGGGAGGGAGGCAACGUUAUGGAUGCAGUUGAGUUCGUUUUGCAAAACUUCACGGAGAUGAACAAGCUAUGGGUUCGAAUGCAACACCAGGGUCCUGCUAGGGAGAAAGAGAAAAGGGAGAAAGAGCGGAGCGAACUUCGAGACUUGGUGGGUAAGAAUCUUCAUGUGUUAAGUCAACUGGAGGGAGUCGACCUUGAGAUGUACAAAGAGGUGGUUCUACCUCGGGUACUUGAACAGGUGGUGAACUGCAAGGAUGAUUUAGCCCAGUACUAUUUGAUGGAUUGCAUAAUUCAAGUUUUUCCUGAUGAUUUCCACCUUCAAACGCUGGAAACACUCCUUGGCGCUUGUCCCCAACUUCAGCCCAAUGUAGAUAUCAAAACUGUCAUGUCACAGCUAAUGGAAAGGCUUUCUAACUACGCAGCAUCUUCUCCUGAGGUGCUCCCAGAGUUUUUGCAGGUAGAAGCGUUCACAAAAUUGAGCAAUUCAGUAGUGAAGGUCAUUGAAGCCCAGCCCGAAAUGUCUCUUGUUGGAGCAGUUAGUCUUCAUGUCGCACUCCUCACAUUUAUCUUGCGCGUGCAUAUUGACCGCUUGGAUUAUGUGGACCAAGUGCUGGGAGCAUGUGUGAAGAAACUUGAAGGGAAGGGGAAGGUGAAAGACAGCAAAGCUACAAAGCAGAUAGUAGCGUUACUAAGUGCUCCUUUGGAGAAGUACAACGAUGUUGUGACCAUGUUGAAACUAGUUAACUACCCGAAAGUCAUGCAGCACCUGGAUUAUGAGACCAACAAAGUGAUGGCCACGGUGAUCAUACAGAGCAUAAUGAAGAACGGCACGUACAUCACAACUGCAGACAAGGUAGAUGCCUUAUUUGAGCUCUUGAAGGAGUUAAUCAAAGAUGGUGAGGGAGCCCCUUCAAUGGACGAGUUGGACGAGGAGGACUUCAAGGAGGAGCAAAAUCUAGUUGCUCGCCUGGUACACAUGCUGGUGAAUCCGGAUCCCGAGGAGAUGUUCAAGAUUUUGACGACUGCCAGAAAACACUUCGGCCAGGGAGGUCCAAAGCGGUUGGAAUUUACAUUAGCUCCCCUGAUUUUCUCUGCCUUGAAGCUUGUACGAUCGUUGCAGGGCCAAGCUGCCGACGAUGACAGUCCUGUCUCAUUGAAGAAGGUUUUCCAAUUUUUGCAUCAGACCGUUGAGGCCCUAUCAAUGGUCCCAGCUCCGGAGUUGUCUCUACGAUUGUAUCUACAAUGUGCGGAGGCAGCCAGUGAUUGUGCGUUGGAGCCAGUGGCAUACGAAUUCUUCACCCAGGCUUUCAUGAUCUACGAAGAAGAAAUCGCUGAUUCAAAGGCACAAGUUACGGCAAUUCACCUUAUUAUUGGAACAUUGCAAAGGACUCAAGUUUUUGGAGUUGAGAACAGAGAUACUCUCACGCACAAGUCCACAGGAUACUCAGCAAAGCUCUUGAAAAAACCUGAUCAGUGCCGAGCUGUAUUUGCAUGCUCACACUUAUUUUGGGUCGAAGCCGAGCAUGGAAUUGAAGAUGGAGAAAGGGUGUUACUUUGCUUAAAGAGAGCAUUGAGGAUCGCUAAUGCGGCGCAGCAAAUGUCCAGUGCCACGAGGGGAAGUAAUGGGCCAAUGACAUUGUUUGUCGAGAUCCUGAACAAGUAUCUUUAUUACUAUGAAAAGGGUAACCCUCAAGUGACCAGCAAUGUGAUUCAGGGACUCUUAGAGCUGAUUCAAACAGAGAUGCAAAGUGAAAACACGGCACAAGAUCCAGGAGUGGAUGCUUUCUUCGCAAGUACUAUACGAUAUAUACAAUAUCAGAAGCUUAAGACCGACGAGGUUGGAGAACGAUAUGCCGCAAUACAAAUAUAGAAUUCAGCUUCCGGGAUAGAUGUAUACAACCUUUUUGUUUACCACGCUGGUAAAACACAGGUAAAUCUUGUCACCAGAUUACAAGCCAGAUUUGGUCUGCGUUCCAAAUCAUUUCAACCUUUUCCUGGUGGCGCUAUGCUCUUUGCGUAGCAGCUUCACGCAAGACCCAGAGGGCGUCAGUGUGCAUACUCAAAGCCCUCUUCUGGGAAACAUCAUUGUCCAGCCGGGUUCCGGAACCUGUCCUUAUGUUAUGGCAUUGUGCGAGAAGCACAGUGCCGGUCAUGUGUUAACGGGCUACAGUACUGGUUAGAUUCUAAUCUAAUUUGUGAUGACUUGCAUUCUUUUUCCGGUCAAUGAGGGUCUCCUUUCACAGUAGGCAGCAAUUUUAUAUCUCACACUCCGCACAAACACACCCACCCAACCACCCCACCGCCGCCCCCUCCCUUCUCCUUCCGUACUCUCUCUGUGGCCUCUGGAAAUCCUGCCAGCGGUCGAUUCCCUGUGUGUCCAUAUCCAAUAAGCCAGACAGACGCAUGAUUCUCUCGUUCCUUGGCUUCGGAAUCCCUAUUCAAAGGUCUAGAGUUUUAUCACGGGCACUGUACAUGUGAAUUGGAGCGGCUGCCUGGUGGCAACAUGUUAAAACCUCAGGCUUCUUAGCUCCAGUGAAGCCCCAGUGGUUGGAUGAUAGGUAUUUAGCUAGAGCAGAAACUCUUGGUGGUUUGCAAGAGGGAGAAUUACGAGACUGAUCCAACUUGAUCAACAAGCACAGGCUCAAUAUCGCUUAUGUAAGAGCAGUAGUUACUUGAGUUUAUUCCUCAGUCGAAAGCGAUAAUUGAAGCUCCGUUCCCUCUUCCUGAUGCAUACAUGAACUCCCCUGAAUAAAUACCUUCGCAGAUUUUUUCUGGGGACUAUCGUACUCCGACUCUUGAACGUCCCGAUUUGGUAGCAGCACAUUGGUGGCGAAUAGUUGGUUAUAGUCGUGUACUCAGUGACCAUGGUUGUGGUUUGUACGCAUGGCGUAGGGGCUAAGUGCUUUUUGUCUUCCAUGGUUUACGAGGUAGUUAUAUCAUGAUAACCGUGUGUAUAAUGAACGGAAGAACUUGUUUCUGUGUUUAAACCAAAGGGGUUUAGGCCGGUGAUUAUUUUGACAUGAAACGAGCCUUGUUCUUACUGAAGAUCGCGGUAAGGAAUGCUCUUGCCUUUCCUCUUGUUUCGUUUAUGUUUUCUUCAAGAGUCGUUCUAGUCAUGUCGUUACUACAAGUG